UACUUUUGUCAGUUAAAUAAAGCUUAAAGAUAAUGAACAAAUCACAGAUUCUUGAUUUUAUUGCAUUUUACAAAAUGUCCCAACUUUUCUGGAAAUGGGAUUGUAUAUGGAAGUAAAUACUUCCAUAUAUUGUAAUACUGUUUAUUUGUACUGUUUGUGCUGUUUGAUUUUGCUGACUUUCUUGACCAGGUUUCGUCAAUACUGUAAACAAGUGAUUUUAAAAUAUCAGUGGGACUAGCGUUAAGUAUAGGGUUAAUUUGAUAAUACUUUGGAAUAAAUCAAAUUUUCAGCUAAAACUGACCAAACAAUUAAUGUUUUCUUAUAAUUCCUGGAGAAAACUAUCCUGACUGGACUCACAAACAGAGCAUUCUUGUUCAUCUCAAAGACAGUUGCUCAGGUGCUCAGAAUCCCUUAAGUACAUUUUUUGCCUUUUUACACUGAUAUUUUUGAAUGGCUGUUAAUGGAAAAAGAAGUUUUUUUGCAGUCAGAUGGUGUCGUUAUAACUUCUACCAGCAGAGGCUGUCGGGUUCAUGCAGAUAAACUGGGCCUUUGUUCUAGUUGGGUUUCACAAAUGUCAGUUUAAAUAUAUCAUCUAAACCUGUGUGUGGCUUGUAUCAUGAAUCAGGUUUAACAUUUAUGUAUAGUUACUCAUUUGGAUUUGUCUAUUGUUGGAGGCUGGAAUGUUUUCUGUGACUGGUUUAAACUAAUGUCUGUUUUCCAUUUUCAUAGUUUCUAGUCUCUUCUAUAUGCAGGUUAUUAAAAGGCUGUAACAUCCUUAAACAAGUCAUUUUGUGGUGGAGAUUUACAGAUAUGUUACACAAGCGUCAUUUCACUCUUUCAACUUCCUGUUCCAAGAACACAACUUCAGCCAUCUUACAAUGGCAGUAGAUCAUCUGCUUGUCUCCUUUAUCCUUCUCCUCAUCAGUAACACAGGGUUCAGUGCUGAGAUCUCUGUGUUUGUUCAGACGGGAGAUUCUGUUCAGCUGGAUAUACAGACACAUGAACUACCAGAGUUUGAUGAUUUAUCCUGGAGAAAUGAAAAAUCAGAGAAUAUAGCUAAAUAUUUUCAUAAAACUAAAGAAGCAAGACCUCACUCUUCCUACAAGGACAGAAUGGAUUUCAAUGAUGAAACCCUCUCUCUCACACUGAAGAACAUGCAGAAGACAGACAGUGGACUCUAUACAGCAAAAACAAGUGGAGAAUUUGAGAAAAUUAUUGUUACAUACAGAGUCUCUGUUAUAGACGCUGUGGAGGCUCCUGUUCUGACUGUCAACUCAAUCUGGUCCAGCAGUGACUCCUGUACUGUGAACUUCACAUGCAGAGCUCAUGACCUCAUGAUAAACUCCAGCUAUCAGAACAACAGCUGCUCUCCAGAGGAAGUGACAUCACAUGAGAUCUACACUCUCAUCCUGAACUGCAGUGAGGAAUCCAUCAUCUGUAACCAUAGCAACCCGGUUAGCUGGAAAAAGGACAGAAUAGAGAUUAAACAGAUCUGUAGAGAGAAUGAAAGACAAUCAAACCCACAUAAUCCAAGCUCAGGAUUCAAUUUAACUUUCAUGUUGAUCAUUACUGUGAUUCCUGUGGGAAUAUUAGUGUUUGGUGGUUUGCUCCUUUACUGUUGCUGCAAGAAUAAUAAAGGUGUCAAACAGAGUGAUGAUACAGACUACGAUGAUGUUGAGACUCUGACGCAGAAGAUGACAGGAGAUACCUGGACCACCAUCACCUACUGUACAGUAGGACACCAAACACCUUCAUCUGCUCAUGACUGCUGAAGAUCAGACUCAACUGGAUAAAAAGACUUUGAUGAUUGACUGGACUCACAAACAGAGUUUAAAGUCAUUUAACUCUCUGAAUUCAUGACUCUUGUGGAAGUGUACAGAUACUCUUACUGUUGUGAAUGAACUUCAGUCAGUUACUGCAGAUGUUA